GAAAAAUAUAAACAAAUUUUAGAUGAACGGGGGCAGCUCAGCACCAGCACUUUUCUAAGUGGAAUAUGCCUUCUUCAGGCGAUUUAAAUAGCGAAAUGAUAAAUAAAAAAUGUGGAGAAAUCAUGAUUACCAUGAAAAAGAACGCCAAAUAUGUGUAUUCCUUCAAUUGUUCAUUUUGUGAUACCAUAUGUAUACAAAUGAAAAAGUUUACAUUGCAUCUGGAAAAGGAGCAUGAAAAACAGAUCAAUGCCACUGGGCUGGUGACAGAAGAAUUCCAUAAGAAAGAAACCACAACAGGGACAGAUAGUUUAUAUCUAACAACAGAAAUAAAAGUAGAAGACUGUCUGGUUGAUGUAAAAUUGGAGAGCGACGAGGAAGAGUUAAAUGUGUCAGAAAGGAGUUCAAAGAAGAUUGAAAAUCUUCCAAGUUAUGAUGAUCCACUAAAGACGAAUGAUGGCAACAUCGAAGAGAUUACUCUGACGCCUUACGAGAAAAAUCAGAAUAGUAAAAUACCUCCGGAUGAUAAAAUAUCACUGUCACCCCAAUCUUGGGAAAAUGAAAUAGACUAUGACAAGAAUGAUAUUGAAAUGCAUGGGUUUUCAGAUGAUAAUGUUAUAAAUUCCGACCUGAGUGCUGAUGAAAACUUCUCAUCCACCGAACCCGAUGAUGACAGUGAAGGUGAUGAUGAAGUUAAAACAACAAAUCGAACAAAAAAUAAAAAUCAACACUCACAAGAAGAAGAAGAAGAAGAUAAGGAGUUUGUUGUUGCAUUAAUAGAUGCUUUUAAAACUACGCCCCAAUUGUGGGAUUCAACACAUCCUCAAAAGUGCAAUAGUCUCAAGGAAAAAGAUGAGCUGUUUAAAAACAUUACCGAUAGUAUUAACCUACAAUUUAAGGAAACCCAAACCUUGGAACAAGUGAAAAAGAAAUUAAAUGGAAUUUGUAAGGAAUACGAAAAGGAAGUUGAGAAGAAAAUAUACGGCAAAAGUAGGGGCGAAAAAACACAGCUUUGGUUCCAUGAUAACAUGGAAUUUUUAAAACCCCUAAUUGAAAACAAAGUGAAACUUAAAAGGAAAAGGUAUCAUCAAAAAGUGAAACCCUUGAGUGACAAGCUAAUGGAAGACUUAAUUAAAAUUUACAAAAACUACAACAGCUUGUGGGAUGUCAACCAUAUGGCCUUCACUAUUAAGGAUAAACGACAUGAGACCCUGAAAACCAUGACGGAAGAAAUCAGAACAAAAAUGAAUCUAACCAUGGACAUUUAUAAACUUGAAAAACAUUUAGUUCAUUUGCAUAAAUCAUAUUCUAGGGAAAAACUAAAACGUUUGGAGUGUGAAAAGACUGAGAGCGAAUUCCUACCCUCCUGCAGCUAUUAUGAUAAAUGUGAUUUUCUAGAUGUAAAUCAAGGUCCCUUUCGCUGUCCAACCUGUAAGGAAAUUAUUGACACUUAUAAUGACCUGCAAAUUCAUAGAUCAAAUCACGAUGGCUCCCCUCCAUUCAAGUGCCAAGAGUGUGGCAUGGGUUUUAAGAAAAUUGCAAAUUUUACAAUUCAUGCCAAAAGGCACUUGGGGGUAUUUAAAUUCUUUUGUAAAGUCUGUGGCAAAGGAUAUCCCUUUAAUGCUGAACUUGAUUUGCAUAUGCGUUCUCAUACCGGCGCCCAACCAUACUUGUGCUCCAUUUGCGGUGAAAGUUUUCGUACAGCCAUUAGCUAUGACAAUCACAUACGACGUCACGAAGAAAGAUUUAAAUAUUCCUGCCAUAUUUGCAAGAAGGGUUUUAAUCAUUUGACACGUAUGAAUGAUCACGUCAAGGCUCAUUUAAAUGUACGCGAUGUAAUUUGUGCCGUUUGUGGCAAAGGUUUCACCAGUCGCAAAUAUUUGAACCAUCAUAAACGAAUCCACGAAGGUAAGAAUUAUAUUUGUAAUAUUUGUGGGAAGGGGUUUGCCCAAGAUGCAGGCCUUAGGGCGCAUAAGAAAUAUCAUGGCACACCGAUUGGUAUUAGUAGUAUACAAAAGGAGCAAAAUAAAUAUAAUUUAUUAUCAAUUAAAACCAAGUGCAAUUUUUAUUUAAAAAUGGGCGCAAACAAGAGGGCAAUAACGAAAAAAUGUGGAGAAAUUUUGCUCAGUCUGAAGACAAACAAAAAAUCCAGAGUGUACAUAUUUAGCUGUGCACUUUGCGAGGAAAAUUGUGACCAGUUGAAAAAGUUCUCACUCCAUUUAGAAGAAAAACAUUCCAAGUUUUAUGACAACGAUACAGAUCUGGUAUCGGAGGUGACUCCUGAUAAAAAACAUGAAAGCAAACAAGAUAUAAUCCUCGAGCCAAAUGAAACGCCUCCAAAAAUUGAAGAUAUUAAGGAGAAUUUAGAGAUAUUUGUGCCAGAAAUCAAGGUAGAGGAACUAAUGGACAUUGCCAAUGAAGAAGAUGAAGAUGACUUUAAGCAAACAAACAAUGCAUCGCUAACAAAAAAUGAAGAUGAAAGUGCAGAUCCAUUGGAAACAACCGAUAAAAUUACCACAAGAUUUCAGGGUAACAGCAUAAGAAGAAGUUCCACAGGUACAGAUAUAAAAAAUGUUAAAGGGGAGCAUGAAAGCGACGAUGACACUGAGGAUGCUGACAAUAACUAUGAAUUCAGUUGUGAAUUUGAUUAUGAGGAUAGUGUUGGAGAUUCGGGUGGUUCUGAAAGUGACCAGAGUGAAAAGAAGGCAGAUAAAGCGAAAAAUAAAUUACGGAAACGGAAGCCUUUACGGGCGCACGAAAGUGAAUCUGAAUAUGAUACAGACGAUUCUCGAGAUAUGGAUUUUAAUAUGGUCAAAGAAAAACAAAAAGGCAAAGUGGGAAGAAAACGAACCAAGAAAUCUAACAACAAUCCCCCGGUCGAUGAAAAGGAACUCACUUUAACAGUACUAGCUGCAUUGGAAAAGCGACCUGUAUUGUGGGACAUCAAUAAUCGUUCUCAUGAUAAAAUUAUACGUCAAAACGGAUUUCAAGAAAUCGCCAAAGAAGUAAACGAGAAACUGCAGCUACAAAUGAAAUGGGAAGAUAUUCGAAAACGCAUUACGGACAUACGUUAUGAAUACUCACGGGAAUAUGAUAAACAAUUGAAAGGUGAAAAAUGUGAAUUGCCCUGGUAUACGGAACAUAUGAAAUUUUUAAAGGAAAAUAUUGAAGUUCUUAUAAAACAUCGUUAUCAAAAGAAGAAAUAUAGACGACUAAGUUCAUUGGAAGAAUCUCAUAUACCAAUUAUUAUAGAAUACUACAAACAAUGUGAAGUCCUAUGGCAGGUGAACAAUAUUGGUUUCGUGGUUAAACCUAAAAAGUUGGAAGCGCUAAAACCCAUUAUCCAAGAUUUAAAGGAGAAACAUAACAUUGAUAUUAGUUUGCAGGACAUGCAAAGACGUAUUGAUUACAUCAAUCGCAUAUAUUCCGCCGACAAGGAACAACAAUUGAAAUGUGAAGCGGAAAAUAAAGAAUUUGUGCCAUCGUCUAAAUAUUACAAAGAUUUGUCGUUCUUAAGCGAGAGCCAGGGUCCAUUCAAAUGUUCACAUUGCGGACAAACUAUUGCGAAAUAUGAACCUUACCACAUUCAUUUGGCUGAACAUACGAAGCAGGUGCCGUUUAAAUGCGCUCUCUGUGAGAUGCGUUUUAAUAAAUUAGUCAAAUACAUUGUGCAUGCCAAGCGACAUUUGCGCAUAAACAACUAUCAUUGUGAUGUCUGCGGAAAGGGUUAUCCAUUCAGGGCUGAGCUGGAUUGGCAUGUGAGAGAACACACCGGCGAAGAACCUUAUCUCUGUGAGAUAUGUGGUGCCAGUUUUCGUUCCCGCCAUGGUUAUGAUAAUCACAUACGUCGCCAUGAAAAACGUUUUCGUUAUGAGUGUCACAUCUGUAAAUAUGGCUUUAAUCAUUUACAUGCUCUAAACGCUCAUGUCAAGGCCCAUUUAAAUAUACGUGAUAUUUUGUGUAAUGUUUGUGGGAAGGGCUUUACCGCUAAGAAACAUCUAUUGCGCCAUCAACAAAUACACUCGGAUACGAAACGUUACAAAUGUUUGGUGUGUGGCAAAGCAUUUGCUCAAGAUGCCGGCUUGAGAGCCCAUCGCAAACAGCAUGCGGACUAUGAUGCAAUAGCGAAACUAACGAAAAAGGAUAGUCGUAAGGGGCGGUAUAAUUAUGAUUAAGUAUUUUAAUUUAAUUAAACAAUUAUUUAUUAAAGA